AUGUCCAAUAGUCAACCUUGCUAUGAAUUGUUCGUCUUCCCUGACGGAAAGGACGGCGAAUUCCUUAAGAUCCCGAUCAUCGACGUCGCUUACAUCACGAAAAGACCUGUCAAGUUCCUUCAGUUCGUGGGGUACUGUGUCCUCGGCGUCAAUGGAAGGAUCAUGUCAAAAGGAGCAUUCAUGGGCGACGAUGAAGUGAUAACAGAAGGGAAGUAUUACUUUGUCGUACCUCAGACUGUCGCCAGCAGAAAGGACUCUCAUCUUGUCGACCCCGAUGUGCUGAUGGAGAUAGGAGAGUACAUCAAUAGUUGCAGCCUUGACUGGACAUCAGAUGCGCACCGGGAAUUUACAGAUAAAGUCGUUGCGCGAGACUGCAGUGGUCUUGUCAUGAACAACGUACCUAGCGACUGUGGCUCUGCCCACAUCAUACCGUGCGCAAGGGGAGAUGCGGCAACCAUCUCUCAAGCUCGGCCUCGCGGCAACGAGUCAGAGAUAACCGACAUUCAUGAUGUUCGAAACGGUCUUCUCUUGUUUCUCUCUAUAAAAGAACUUUUCACCAAAGACCUGGUUUUGAUCCGCACUCCGAAUGCUGUUUUGAAUCACGACGACCUGCUGCUUCAUGAAACGUCUAUCACUCGCAACUUGAAUAUGCAGGGUAUCACUGACGAGAACUAUGUCUCGCUCGCGUUCAUCUGGCUCAGGGCAGAAGGCCCUCCCCCAAUCUUGUUUUUUGACGACAAUACACCAGGGGUAGGAUCUCGCGACAAAGUGCCCAGUGGAAGUCGCCACCGCUACGGUCCUCUGUAUGAAGCGCGCUCCUCUCUUCCGGCAGGCUUCCUUCUCGAGUUUAUGUUUGGUGCUCUCGCAGUUCGUCUGUGGGCGUCGAAAUCUCUUCGGGACCGUCUGAAAACUGCUACACAUGCUAUGUAUCCAUCCCGAGUUCCAGAUGUCGAAACGGAGACAGAUGAGACAAAGCUUAGCCCUGAACAACAAAAGAUUUUUCUUGCUAUGGACGCAGUUAUGGCUCUUCGAAGCCAGGUUGCCGCUCGGACGAACAACCGACGGGGAGGAAUAUAA